AUGGGUGGCAGUAAUUUGGAAGUCUUCAAGUUUGGAAUGUAUAUUAUGUUCCCUAUUGCGGUUAUGUACUACUUCGGUACAAAUCUCGACAAUCGCUUCUCCGUUCCCAACUUCUGGCCGAAAGAGAAUGAGACGCACAAAAUUCCGUUUGACCGCGAUGAGAUCAAGGCAGAAUUGGAGAGGCUGAGAAAGAGGAGACUGGAGAAGAGGGCGAAGAGAAUGGAUGUUCAGGAAGUCCCCACAAACGAGUAA